UAUGGCUCUAGAGUUGAAUCACCUAGUGUGUUUGGGAGUGGCAGCCCAUCACGCCUUGUUUUUCUUCAGAUUAAAUUCGACCGUAACCCUGAGAAAGAUAAAAUGGCUCCUGAAAGCAUAGAUUACAGCAUAAUAAUUUUAGGAAAAAGGCACAAGAGCAACACAAACAAACAAAAAGCAAGAGGAGCCUCAAGGAAGGAAGAGGAGUUUCCGCAUGCAAUUAGCUCCAUUCUCCAUGGAGAGCAUGAUUGAGUUAGAGGAGCGUGAGUCCCGGCUGAUGGCGGCUCCUGCGCGGAGCGAUCAUGUGGCGGUGCUGCUCGGUGAUGUGCUGCACGUUUGGGGGGGUUUACAGUAUGCGGAUGGAGAAGAAGUGGUGUUACCGAGUGAUGAGAUUUGGCUCUACGAUCUGGAAAGUGGAGUCUGGGCUCGCAAGGGAAUGGGUGGAGAGUUGCCUCCUUUGCUUUCUCAGACCUGUGGCUCACUUCUCAAUGGUAUGCUUUAUGUCUUUGGAGGCAGAGACAGUGAUGACUACACCAACCAGAUGUAUUGCGUAGACUUGCGAGAUGGAAAAUACACCUGGACAAAACUGAGUGCCUGUGUAGGAACCCCUCCCACACCGAGAGACCGACAAUCCUGCUGGGUCUACAAGGACAGGCUGAUCUAUUUUGGUGGAUAUGGAUGGAAAACGGUUCAAGAGAUCAACAACUACAAACAUUUCACAGUAGAUGAGACAUCAUGGGUGACAAAUGGCCGUGUACUUUUCCGCUUUUGGGGUUGGAAUAAUGAAGUUCAUGUAUUUGAACCUGAUUCAGCCACAUGGAGUGAACCAAAAUUGCAGGGCUGGCUACCUGCUCCAAGGGCUUCCCAUGCAAGUGCUACUCUUGGUAGCAAAGGAUACAUCUGUGGUGGCUUGGAAACACAGACUAUAGACAUCCACUGUUUAGACCUGACUACAUGGACAUGGACACAUAUUGAGCCAUUGGCCCCUCCCCUCCCGAUCGGACGUUCUCUGCACACGCUCACCCCCACUUCACACAACAUGCUGUUCCUCUUCGGUGGCCUCAGCAUAUCUGGGCAGGUUCUCAGUGAUGGCUGGGAAUUUGACACUAUAACAAAAGAAUGGAGAGAGAGGCCGCAUCCAUACAAAAAUAAACCCAGGUUGUGGCAUUCAGCAGUACAAGGGAAGGACAACGAUGUAGUGGUGUACGGAGGAAGCAAAGACUACAUCUUAGUCAUGGAUUCGGUCGCAGUGCUCAGAUCUCCCUCACAGAGUCACUGUGGGGAUGUGCUUGUGUUUCAGAGCCAGCCUUAUUCACUCACCAGAUUAUGCGAGGACUGCAUAGGAACACAUGGAUCUCUUUUACGGCAGAAGGUGUCCUCUUUACCACCCAGAGUUCAAGAGAUCCUUCUCAAGAGGAUGUUAUUCUUCAAAACAGAAAUGCAGGAGCAGAGUGUUUAUACAUGAGCUUGCCAACAAGUGUGCACUAUCCGCUCAAUCAUGCGAGAAUUUCUGCUCCACUAACAUUCCUUUGUUCCAGAAGGACUACAACACACAUUAAUUAAUCUUUUUUGUUAUACAACAGGUUAUAAGAUAUUAAUAAUGUACAGCCCUAUAGAAGUGCCUUCUAAACCCUAUGGAAUAUAUGUAUAUAUAUAAUAUAUAGAGUGUUGCCUUAUUUUUAAAAGAUCUUUAAAUACUCUUUGCAUAAAGUUAUUUAUGCUUCUUAACCAGACAGCAUCUGUUUGAAUCAUAAUUAAUAUUAAUCAUUGGGUAUACAUUUAUACAUGUGAAACACUAAACAGAAUAUUCAAAGAGUGGUUUACAUUAAGAAUUACUUCAUAUCCUCUUAAAAGGGUUUCUUUUCUAAGAGACAGACAUUUUUAGGGCUAUAUAUUUAUCAUGUGCUUGUACAUUGGAACUCUAUAAAGCAUACACACCUCCUUUAACUGGUUUAAUCAUAAGUUUAUUAUUGAAUAUAUUCAUGAAUUGGAAUGCUUUCUUACAAAAUAACAAUGGAAUGAUAUGUCACAUUUAUGCCAAUAUAUACUAAUAAAACCUGGAAUUUUCUUCUUCUUUCAUUGUGGCAUAUUUAAGAAAUUACUGUACCAUAUCUAAUCUUUUUUUUUCUUAUAUAAAACCAUAAUAAUUUUUGGUAUUUUUCCCGCAAAGUGCAUAAAAAAGAUCUCCAAAGGGCUUUACCCUCCCAACUGCAGCGCUUGACACGACAAGCUCAUGAUUAAGACAAUGAUUGAGCGAUGAGUGCCGAGUCACCCAUCUAACCGUUCAGCUGACUAAAACUGGAUUUCCCAGCAGCCACUGCAGCACCUAACUUUCUAGAUACAAAUAAUCCUUACAGACAUGACAACUCAAUCUCAGUCUCAUUUCGCCAGUGUCUUUGAAGCUGAAGGUAGAAUACAAUCUGAGCUAUAAUUUUCAGCACAAGGGCAAAGCAAUGCACAAAACCAACACUGCUCAUAUGAGAAAAGAAGAAGUAAAUAAAAUUGAAAA